UCUCUACGUCCACUUCUUUGUCUUGGAACGGAUGGCAAGACGCACUCUCGAAUCCAUCGCUACGACCUCUCCUCACUGAACGCGAAACCACACCGAGAUCUCGGCACACGUCUCCUCAUGGGGAAAAACAAGAAGCAUAGAAAUGGGGAUCAGGGAGGAAAUCGGGGCGGGAAACAGAACAGUCAACGUGGGGGCAAGCAAGGUGGCAAACAGAACUUGUAUUGCACCAAGUGCCACAUGAACGGACACGACAUCAAAUCUUGCCGAAAGAUACAGGACAACAACAAUAGGGUCAACAAGAAAAACAACAGUAAACACAACGGAGAGGGUAACAAGCAGUUUAACAGCGAACCGUGUCUUCAGUGCGGCAAUCGAGGCCACGACAAGAAACAUUGUCGCGCUACUGAGGUUCCCGAGGGAGAAGAGUGCAAUUGCGGCUGCACAUACCACCGUAACAACCAUCACUGCCCGUGGGGUAACGAUCCCGAAAAGCGAGAUGCUGCACUUGCUGAAGGACAAGGCAAGAUCUGUCAGUGGUGUAAGGACGCUGGGGACGGCAGCCACGUUUUCGACGACUGCAAAGGACCGCCCGAGUUCAGAAGACAGCUCAUCAAGAUCAUCCAACGAGCCUACGAAGUCCUCAAAUGGUGUUGGCACUGCUCGAACAUCAACCACACCACAGCCGCAUGCACGUCGAACUCGGCGGUACAGGGGAAAGCGAAGUGGCAUACCAAGAUCACUGAGCUCAUCGAUGCUUGGGUGAACCAGCAGGAGGACUACAACGCUAUAUACGAAGAAAACGACAUGGACGAGCUCGUCAUGGAGAUGCACUCUAUACAACGACCACCCGAGCCAGCAAGUUUCCUAUGGUGUAUCAUCUGCGAAGAAUUCGGGCAUUCGGCCAAAAAACCCAGUUCAUCCAAACCCUGCAACAUGAAAGAAUUCGAAGCCCGCUGUCCCACGAAAUUCCGAGGCCAAUUCGACGGGGGAGCGUCCUCGACUAGAGUCCUCCGCAGCGAUACAAACAGAUGGGGCAGCACUUCGCACCUCAUGACCGGCCUGGCGGGCAACGCCAUUUCCAACCCAAUCCUCGAAGUCAAACCCCGCAGCAUGCCCGCCAUCUGCGAAAAAUGCAACAGUCGGAUAGGAGACUGGGCGAUCCCCUUCAGCGACUUCCAAUCCAACGUCCUCGCGUGCCCCAAAUGCGGGAAAGAGAAUAAACACCCUCACUACCCGCGCGUCGAUACCGCUCUCGAGACGCUCAAAGUCAUGGAAGCGCUCGUGUCCAGUCGCGCCAAUACCUGGCAGAAGCUCAGCAAGAAGCAGAAAGUGGAUAGUCUUACCAGAGACGAGUACAAGAAACGCGCGUCGUGGGCUUUGACUAAGAAACUCGCUAUUGCGACUUGGCCGGAUCGUCAGCCCAUGUAUAACGAUCAGCGCUAUCUCAAGGGGAAGUCGCCCGUGUUUGCUACGCAUCCGCUCUACGGGAAUGGGUUUUAUUUCAACGAACCGGGGAAUUUUCAGGAGUACUUCCCGGCUACCAAGUUUACGCUUUCGAAUGCGAUGAAGAUCACUGCGCUCGACGAUGCGGCGCCAAUUAAUAAAGCAGGAAGGCUGGGCAUGGAGCUGCAUUGCGCGACUUGUGGUGCGAGGGGUAUGAUUGCGGAUGAUGAGAAUGAUUUGAUUAUGUGUGGUGUUGAUGUUAUGUGCACGAUUGGGAUGGGGACUGGGAGGUUGGCCGCUUGGCAGGAUGAAUGGGGGUCUUUGUCGUUAGGAUGUAGAUGUAUUUCUAUUAUUGGACAGACGUCGCGACCUACGUGGGUUCAGCCUAUGGUCUAG